AUGUGUGUGCGUGCGUGCGUGCGUGCGUGCGUGCGUGCGUGCGUGCGUGCGUCGCGUCGCGCCGCGUCGCGUGCGUCGCGUGCGUCGUCGCGUGCGUCGCGUGCGUCGCGUCGCGUCGCGUCGCGUCGCGUCGCGUCGCGUGCGUCGCGUCGCGCGUCGCGUCGCGUCGCGUCGCGUCGCGUCGCGUCGCGUCGUCGCGUCGCGUCGCGUCGCGUCGCGUCGUCGCGUGCGUCGCGUCGUCGCGUCGUCGCGUCGCGUCGCGUGCGUGCGUCGCGUCGUCGCGUGCGUCGCAUCGCGUCGCGUCGCGUCGUCGCGUCGCGUCGUCGUGCGUCGUGCGUCGCGCAUCGCGUCGCGUCGCGUCGCGUGCGUCGCAUCGCAUCGCGUCGCGUCGCGUCGCGUCGCGUCGCGUCGCACGCGUCGCGUCGCGUCGCGUCGCGUCGCGUCGCAUCGUGCGUCGCGUCGCGUCGCGUGCGCGUCGUCGCGUCGCGUCGCGUCGCGUCGCGUCGCGUCGCGUCGUCGCAUGCGUCGCAUCGCGUCGCGUCGCGUCGCGUCGCGUCGCGUCGUCGCGUGCGUCGCGUGCGCGUCGCGUCGCGUCGCGUGCGUGCGUCGCGUGCGUCGCGUCGCGUCGCGUGCGUCGUCGCAUCGCGUCGCGUCGCGUCGCGUCGUCUCGCGUCGCGUCGCAUCGCGUCGCGUCGCAUCGCGUCGCGUCGCAUCGCGUCGCGUCGCGUCGCGUCGCGUGCGUGCGUCGCGUCGCGUGCGUCGCGUCGUCGCAUCGUCGCGUCGCGUCGCGUGCGUGCGUCGCGUGCGUCGCCUCGCGUCGCGUCGCGUCGCGUCGCGUGCGUCGCGUGCGUCGCGUCGCGUCGUCGCGUCGCGUCGCGUCGCGUGCGUCGCGUCGUCGUCGCGUCGCGUCGCGUGCGUCGCGUCGCGUCGCGUCGCGUCGCGUCGCGUCGCGUCGCGCAUCGCGUGUCGCGUCGCGUCGCGUCGCGUCGCGUCGCGUCGCGUCGCGUCGUCGCGUCGCGUGCGUCGCGUGCGUCGCGUCGCGUCGCGUCGCGUCGCAUCGCGUGCGUCGCGUGCGUCGCGUCGCGUCGCGUGCGUCGCGUCGUCGCGUCGCGUCGCGUGCGUCGCGUCGCGUCGCGUCGCGUCGCGUCGUCGCGUCGCGUCGCAUGCGUCGCGUCGCGUCAUGCGUCGCGUCGCGUCGCGUCGUCGCGUCGCGUCGUCGCGCAUCGCGUCGCGUCGCGUCGCGUCGCGUCGCGUCGCGUCGCGUCGUCGCAUGCGUCGUGCGUCGCGUCGCGUCGCGUCGCGUCGCGUCGCGUCGCGUCGUCGCGUCGCGUCGCGUCGCGUCGCGUCGCAUGCGUCGUCGCGUCGUCGCGUCGCGUGCGUCGUCGCGUCGCGUCGUCGCGUCGCGUCGCGUCGCGUCGCGUCGCAUCGUCGCGUCGCGUCGCGUCGCGUCGCGUCGCGUCGCGUCGCGUCGCGUCGCGUCGCGUGCGUCGCGUCGCGUCGCGUCGCGUGCGUGCGUCGUGCGUCGCGUGCGUCGUGCGUCGCGUCGCGUGCGUCGCGUCGCGUGCGUCGCGUCGCGUCGUGCGUCGCAUCGCGUCGCGUCGCGUCGCGUCGUCGCGUGCGUGCGUGCGUCGCGUCGCGUCGCGUCGUCGCGUCGCGUCGCGUGCGUCGCAUCGCGUCGCGUCGUGUAUUUCAGGAUACUUGCAUAGCAGUAGCAAACAACUUGCUGUCUGA